CAUUUACUAAGGCCAUUUUGCCCAUCAAGGAAGCAAGAGAGCCCUAGGACCUGGCAUGAAGAGUGAGCUUGGGCGUGGUGUAAGUCUGGAAAGUGUGCAAGGCUUGCAGAAUGUUGGGGUUUGGCCUUUAAGCUGAGUGCAACAGGAAGCCACUGAAGUGUUUUAAUUUUAAAAGUGGUGCUGUGAAUGAAGAUGAAAUGAUCAGACUUUCAUUUUUAGAGGAUUCCAGGAGAUAGUAUGGUAAAUGAGUUGGAUGGAAUGGUUGGAAUGACUCUAGGCCACUGGAUGAAGGAGACUUUUGCUGUUCUUAAAGCAGAAAAUAAUGGAGUGGUAUGAUAGCAGCAGAGAUGAAGAGAAAUCUAAGUUGGAGAAAAAAUUAGAAUUUAAUUUACAGGUUUUGUGAUGAGUGGAAGCAGGUGUUAGGAUAACCAAUUAUCCUUAACUGAGUAUGGAUGUAUCAGUUGUGCAAUAGGAUCACAGUGGUCCUUCAUUUGUGGAAUCUGCGGGAAAACAGGAAAUAGUGAAAACCAAAGCAGGUAAUUCUUGAUUGUGAAGUGUGGGAAAGAGGUGAGACUGCAGCAUAAGGAAAUGUGAGGUAUAGGAAAGACUUCUGUUUCUGUUGGCUUUUUGAAAUGAGAGAACAGAACUUUUAAAAGUCAAUGUCGAUUAUCUCUGGUUGUGGAGAAGUGGUUAAAUAUGUGUGGGAGAAGAGGGACAGCGCAUGAUGGGAGUCUAAGAAAGAGAUGGGAAUGGGUGACAAAAAGAAUGUAAAUCAGGGAAUGGUUUCCUUUAGGGAUGAGGACAAAGGAAGAAAGAUGAUAGAAUGGGUGCAGUCUUAAGAUAGACGAGAAACAUAAGUUAGCAAGCACUGACAGUUGCAGAGAACAUUAUCAAAGAUGCUAAAUUUCUAUAUCUAUUUUCUAUUCCUUAUACCAUUUAUAAAUCUGAAUGAGAGGAACUGACCAAUGAUUCAGAAAAUAAGUGUCUUUAUUCUUUGUCAACUAUAAUGUACUCCUUUAAAUAAAUCUACAUAUGUAGGUAAAAUUAAGAGUUUAUGGUAGAAUAAUGUAUUCUUACUGAAUUUCAGCACUCUACCUAUAGAAGUUUGGUUUGCUUUAAAAAAAAACUGGGUGGAUUUAUUUUAAUAUUAUUGACAAGGCAGUGUGUGUGUGUGUGUGUGUGUGUGUGUAUGGGUGUUUGUGAAAAAUCACCUCUAAAUUUACACAAAGCUUGCUAAGCAUGCAUUUAAAUUUUUUUGGUGGAUAUUCGUUUACUAUAGUACAAUGAUAUUGAGGGUGGGGUAAAGGUCACAUUGAUUCCUUUAUCCUCACCUUGGUGAAAAAUCAUAGUUUAGUUCAAAGCUGUUCAAGUAAGUCCUUGCUCCGAUUUCCCACCCUGUCUUCAGUGAUAUUAUUUGGAGUCAGCAAUCAAUGGAUUCCAUCCCUCUGAGACUUGCUUAACCUACAGCUGCUGAUAUAAUACAGGCAAGAGCUUGUUACUUUAUCUGAAUUGUCCAUCGCUACCUUAAUGAGUGAAAUGGUUAAGUAGAGGAGGGGGCGAGCCUUAAGGAAUGUGUGUACCGUUUGAGCUGAAUAUUUCAGUGUAUAUAGGGAGAGGGAGGGUGAGAGAGAAAUCCACUUACAUCACUAGAACUGCAUCGAGUGUGAGCCUUGCAGGUUAAGAGACAGACUACAGUGUCUUGCUUUCUGCAGGAAGCAGCAAUGCUGUUUGUUUCCUAAGAGGAAUUUUUUAUUUAGAAAAGGAAGCUUUCUCUCUACCCAGGAAAUGGCUUUCCUUGUGCGUUGCUAUGCCAACUGCCUGCAGCCAUGGUCCUCCAAACUUCCUGCAGAUUUCACAAAACUACACCUUACUGACAGUCUCCACCCACAGGUGACCCACGUUUCCUCUAGCCAUUCAGGAUGUAGCAUCACAAGUGACUCUGGAAGCAGUAGUCUUUCUGAUAUUUACCAGGCCACAGAAAGUGAGGCUGGUGAUAUGGACCUGAGUGGGUUGCCAGAAACAGCGGUGGAUUCCGAGGACGAUGAUGAUGAGGAAGAUAUUGAGAGGGCAUCGGAUCCACUGAUGAGUAGGGACAUUGUGAGAGACUGCCUGGAGAAGGACCCAAUCGACAGGACAGAUGAUGAUAUUGAACAACUCUUGGAGUUUAUGCACCAGCUGCCUGCGUUUGCCAAUAUGACAAUGUCAGUGAGACGAGAGCUCUGUGCUGUGAUGGUGUUUGCAGUGGUGGAAAGAGCAGGGACCAUUGUGUUAAAUGAUGGUGAAGAGCUGGACUCCUGGUCAGUGAUUCUCAAUGGUUCUGUGGAAGUGACUUAUCCAGAUGGAAAAGCAGAAAUAUUAUGUAUGGGAAAUAGUUUUGGUGUCUCUCCUACCAUGGACAAGGAAUAUAUGAAAGGAGUGAUGAGAACAAAGGUGGAUGACUGCCAGUUUGUCUGCAUAGCCCAGCAAGAUUACUGCCGUAUCCUCAACCAAGUAGAAAAGAAUAUGCAAAAAGUUGAAGAGGAAGGAGAGAUCGUUAUGGUCAAAGAACACCGAGAACUUGAUCGAACUGGAACAAGAAAGGGCCACAUUGUCAUCAAGGGCACCUCAGAAAGGUUAACAAUGCACUUGGUGGAAGAGCAUUCAGUAGUAGAUCCAACCUUCAUAGAAGACUUCCUGUUGACCUACCGGACUUUUCUUUCUAGUCCAAUGGAAGUGGGCAAAAAGUUAUUGGAGUGGUUUAAUGACCCGAGCCUCAGGGAUAAGGUUACACGGGUAGUAUUAUUGUGGGUGAAUAAUCACUUCAAUGACUUUGAAGGAGAUCCUGCAAUGACUCGGUUUCUAGAAGAAUUUGAAAAUAAUCUGGAAAGAGAGAAAAUGGGCGGACAUCUAAGGCUGUUAAAUAUUGCAUGUGCAGCUAAGGCAAAAAGAAGAUUGAUGACAUUAACAAAACCAUCCCGGGAAGCUCCUCUGCCUUUUAUCUUACUGGGAGGCUCCGAGAAGGGAUUUGGAAUCUUUGUUGACAGUGUUGAUUCAGGUAGCAAGGCAACUGAAGCAGGAUUGAAACGUGGGGAUCAGAUACUAGAAGUAAAUGGUCAAAACUUUGAAAAUAUCCAGCUGUCAAAAGCCAUGGAAAUUCUUAGGAAUAACACACAUCUAUCUAUCACUGUGAAAACCAAUUUAUUUGUGUUUAAAGAACUUCUAACAAGAUUGUCAGAAGAGAAAAGAAAUGGUGCCCCCCACCUCCCCAAAAUUGGCGAUAUCAAAAAGGCCAGUCGCUACUCCAUUCCAGAUCUUGCUGUAGAUGUAGAACAGGUGAUAGGACUUGAAAAAGUAAAUAAAAAAAGUAAAGCCAACACUGUUGGGGGAAGAAACAAGCUAAAGAAGAUACUUGACAAGACUCGGAUUAGUAUCUUGCCUCAGAAACCGUAUAAUGAUAUUGGGAUUGGUCAAUCUCAAGAUGACAGCAUAGUGGGGCUAAGACAGACGAAGCACAUCCCAACCGCAUUGCCCGUCAGUGGAACCUUGUCCUCCAGUAAUCCUGAUUUGCUGCAGUCACAUCAUCGCAUUUUAGACUUCAGUACUACUCCUGAUUUGCCAGAUCAAGUCCUAAGGGUUUUUAAGGCUGAUCAGCAAAGCCGAUACAUCAUGAUCAGUAAGGAUACCACAGCGAAGGAAGUGGUCAUUCAGGCCAUCAGGGAGUUUGCAGUUACUGCCACCCCAGAUCAGUAUUCACUGUGUGAGGUCUCAGUCACACCCGAGGGAGUCAUCAAACAGAGAAGACUUCCAGAUCAGCUUUCCAAACUUGCUGAUAGGAUACAACUAAGUGGAAGGUAUUAUCUGAAAAACAAUAUGGAAACAGAAACACUUUGUUCAGAUGAGGAUGCUCAGGAGUUGUUGCGAGAGAGUCAAAUUUCCCUCCUUCAGCUCAGUACUGUGGAAGUUGCCACACAGCUCUCCAUGCGGAAUUUCGAACUCUUCCGCAACAUUGAACCUACUGAAUAUAUAGAUGAUUUAUUUAAACUUAAGUCAAAAACCAGCUGUCACAAUCUGAAGAAAUUUGAAGAAGUCAUUAACCAGGAAACAUUUUGGGUGGCAUCUGAAAUUCUUCGAGAGACAAACCAGCUGAAGAGGAUGAAGAUCAUUAAGCAUUUCAUCAAGAUAGCAUUGCACUGUAGGGAAUGCAAGAAUUUUAACUCAAUGUUUGCAAUCAUCAGUGGCCUAAACCUGGCACCAGUGGCAAGACUUCGAGCUACCUGGGAAAAACUUCCCAAUAAAUAUGAAAAGCUAUUUCAGGAUCUCCAAGACCUAUUUGACCCUUCUAGAAACAUGGCAAAAUACCGCAACGUCCUCAAUAGUCAAAACCUGCAACCUCCCAUAAUCCCUCUAUUCCCUGUUAUAAAGAAGGAUCUCACGUUCCUUCAUGAAGGAAACGAUUCAAAAGUAGAUGGGCUGGUCAACUUUGAGAAGCUAAGGAUGAUUGCAAAAGAAAUCCGGCAUGUCGGCCGAAUGGCUUCAGUUAACAUGGACCCUGCUCUCAUGUUCAGGACUCGGAAGAAGAAAUGGCGGAGUUUGGGGUCUCUCAGCCAGGGUAGUACAAAUGCAACAGUGCUAGAUGUUGCUCAGACAGGUGGUCAUAAAAAGCGGGUACGCCGUAGUUCCUUUCUCAAUGCCAAAAAGCUUUACGAAGAUGCACAGAUGGCUCGAAAAGUGAAGCAGUACCUGUCCAAUCUGGAGCUGGAGAUGGAUGAGGAGAGUCUUCAGACAUUAUCUCUGCAGUGUGAGCCAGCAACUAACACAUUGCCUAAGAAUCCUGGUGACAAAAAGCCUGUCAAAUCCGAGACCUCCCCAGUGGCUCCAAGAGCAGGGUCACAGCAGAAAGCACAACCCCAGCCACAGGCGCAGCCACAGCAGCUGCCACAUAAGGCCAACCAAGGACUACAGGUUCCUGCUGUGGCCCUUUAUCCUUCACGGAAGAAGGUGCCUGUGAAGGAUCUCCCACCUUUUGGUAUCAACUCUCCACAAGCUUUAAAGAAAAUUCUUUCCCUGUCUGAAGAAGGGAGUCUGGAACGUCACAGGAAGCCAGCUGACGAUACAAUAUCAAAUGCGUCUUCACAGCUGUCUUCUCCUCCCACUUCUCCACAAAGUUCUCCAAGAAAAGGUGGCAGUGGCAAUCAGCUGAGAUCUUUUGGCUCCGGGCAGUUGGACUUAACCAGUUCCUCCUCUUCUCUUGGAAGUGAGAACAGUAACAAGAAUAACAAUGCACCACGGACCUAUGGGAUAGGUUAUACUUUGGCUCCCAGUGGUACUGUGGAUAAUUUUUCAGAUUCUGGUCACAGUGAAAUCUCUUCACGAUCCAGUAUUGUCAGCAAUUCUUCUUUUGACUCGGUGCCAGUCUCGCUCCAUGAUGAGAGGCGCCAGAGGCAUUCUGUCAGCAUUGUGGAAACAAACCUAGGUGUGGGCAGGACAGAACGGCGGACCAUGAUUGAACCUGAUCAAUACAGCUUAGGAUCAUAUGUGCCAAUGUCUGAGAGCCGAGGCUUAUAUGCCACAGCUACAGUAAUUUCUUCUCCAAGCACAGAGGAGCUUUCCCAAGACCAGGGGGAUCGUGCUUCCCUCGAUGCUGCCGACAGUGGUCGGGGAAGCUGGACAUCGUGCUCAAGUGGUUCACAUGAUAAUAUACAGACCAUCCAGCACCAGAGAAGUUGGGAAACCCUUCCGUUUGGCCACACCCACUUUGAUUAUUCAGGGGAUCCUGCAGGUUUAUGGGCCUCAAGUAGCCAUAUGGACCAAAUGAUGUUUUCUGAUCAUAGUGCAAAGUAUAACAGGCAGAAUCAAAGUAGAGAGAGUCUUGAACAGGCCCAAUCCCGGGCAAGCUGGGCUUCUUCCACAGGUUACUGGGGAGAAGACUCAGAGGGUGACACAGGAACAAUAAAGCGAAGAGGUGGGAAGGAUGUUUCCAUAGAGGCGGAAAGCACUAGCACAACAUCUGCAACCACAGAAGAAACCAAACCUGUGCCCGUGCCUGCCCACAUAGCUGUGACACCCAGUACUGCAAAGGGGGUCAUAGCACGAAAGGAGGGCAGGUAUCGAGAGCCACCCCCAACCCCACCCGGCUACAUUGGAAUCCCCAUCACUGACUUCCCAGAAGGGCAUUCCCACCCAGCCAGGAAACCUCCGGACUACAACGUGGCACUUCAAAGGUCUCGGAUGGUUGCCCGGUCCUCGGACGCUUCUGGGCCCUCGCCAGGACAGCAGCCACCUGGGCCCCCGACCAGCAGCAGGCCUGUGAGCAAACCUCAGUGGCAUAAGCCCAGCGAGUCCGACCCACGCCUCGCCCCUCGCCAGUCUCAGGGCUUCUCCGCCGAGGAGGAUGAAGAUGAACAAGUGUCUGCUGUUUGAGGCACAGGCUGUCGUGGAUCCUGAGUGACCACCUAAAGGAGAGCACAAGAAGACGCCCCCAGCACUGGGGCCAUGGAACUCACAUCCUGAGGAUGGUGGACCAGUUUGCCUCCUUCCCUGCCUUAAAAGCAGCAUGGGGCUUCUUCUCCCCUUCUUCCUUUCCCCUUUGCAUGUGAAAUACUGUGAAGAAAUUGCCCUGGCACUUUUCAGACUUUGUUGCUUGAAAUGCACAGUGCAGCAAUCUUCAAGCUCCCACUGUUGCUGCCUGCCACAUCAUACAGUAUCCAUUCCAAAUUCCAAGAUCAUCACAACAAGAUGAUUCUCUCUGGCUGCACUUCUCAAUGCCUGGAAGGAUUUUUUUAAAUCUUCCUUUUAGAUUUCAAUCCAGUCUAGCACUUGGUCUCGUUGGGAUAAUGAGAACAGCUAGCCAAUGAACUACUUGGGGCCUUUAACCCACCAAGGAAGACAAAGAAAAACAGUGAAAUCCUCUGAGUACAGUGCUUGUCCACUUGUUUACAAUGUUUUUUGUUGUUGUUGUUGUUGUUGUUUUUAAAUGAAUUUAAAGAUUGUGUUUAGAGAUUAAAUGUUAUAUCCAUUUAAUGAUUACAGUAUUAUUUUGAACCAUAAGUAGGGUUGCCAGCCUGGGUUUCCAAAACAAAAACAAAAACAAAAAAACCAAAUAUGCCGGACAGGGUGUGGCCACACAAGAAGAAGGGAAGACCUGGUUUGUGACCCUGUCUUCCCAUGUCCUUCUGGCCUCACCCUCAAAGUGCCCUAUCCUGGAAGUAUAAAAUGUUAGCCAAUUACUUAAAUACCAAGGCACCUCAUCCACUCCUUCCCCAGUGGGUGGGGGUCUUUUGUAAAACUGUUUGCACAUGGCCAGGGGAGGGAAAUAGGACUCUUGUGUCCUGUGUGAGCCUUAUGGAGGCAGGGCAGUGUCAUCUGAGGGUGUGUCCUGCUCCAUUGAAAUGGAUGGCAAACCCCAUUUUUUAAGUUAUAUUUUUCGAUUUUGUUAAUUUAGAGAUUUAGGAUAUUUGUGUUUUUAUUUUUUAAAAGAAACAUUUAUAAAAUAACUGGAUAGCAUUGCAGUGGAAGCAGCUUGGGAUGUUGGAGCUAAUGCCAGCUGUUAAUACUGCUCUUUCAAGACAGCCUCCCUUUAUCAAAUUGGCAUUAGGGAAUAAAUAAGUCUUUAAACAUAAUAAAAGAUCAAAAGUCUGGUUAGAUAUGCCAGCCUUUGCAAGGUGGGUUAGUCACCAGAGACUAACCUGUAAGUGGCUUUAUGGAUGCUGCGUAGAGAGAAGUUUAAGUGUAGCAACCAUCUGCUCACAGCUGCUAUUAACCCUAUAAUGACUGAAAAUGACCCUUCCACUCUAUUUUUGUGUUGUUUUUGCACAGACUCCGGAAAAGUGAAGGCUGCCAAUCUGAGUAGUACUCAAAUGUGAGGAACUGCUGGUCUUGGAUUUUUUUUUUCCAUUAAAUUCAGCUGAUCAUAUUGAUCAGUAGAUAAACGUAAAUAGCUUCAAAUUUUAAAAGUCGAAUUGCAGUGUUUUUUCACUGUAUCAAACAAUGUCAGUGCUUUAUUUAAUAAUUCUCUUCUGUAUCAUGGCAUUUGUCUACUUGCUUAUAUAUUACAUUGUCAAUUUAUGCAUUUGUAAUUUUACAUGUAAUAUGCAUUAUUUGCCGGUUUUAUUAUAUAGGCUAUGGACCUCAUGUGCAUAUAGAAAGACAGAAAUCUAGCUCUACCACAAGUUGCACAAAUGUUAUCUAAACAUUAAGUAAUUGUAGAACAUAGGACUGCUAAUCUCAGUUCGCUCUGUGAUGUCAAGUGCAGAAUGUACAAUUAACUGGUGAUUUCCUCAUAACUUUUUGAUACUACUUGUACCUGUAUGUCUUUUAGAAAGACAUUGGUGGAGUCUGUAUCCCUUUUGUAUUUUUAAUACAAUAAUUGUACAUAUUGGUUAUAUUUUUGUUGAAGAUGGUAGAAAUGUACUAUGUUUAUGCUUCUACAUCCAGUUUGUACAAGCUGGAAAAUAAAUAAAUAUAACAUAAAGCCUUGUGAAUAUUCUUAA